UACUAGUGGAUUGUGCGGUGAGAGAGAGCUUUUUUGGUGGGGGGAUUUCUUGGUAGAACAAUAGUGGUCUAUACCCCUACCUAUGGCUACCUUAAAAGCUAAUACUAAUGUUAUUCUCCUGGUUUAUCUUCACAACAGCACAUUAAAGAGCCAGAUCAGCGAGCGGCCCGCCCCCCCCCCCCCCCCCCCCCCCCCCCCCGAGACGGGUUCGAAAGUCAGUGACCGCGCUGAUCAAAGACAGUUAAGCAAAUACAUAAUAGCACAUUUGUCAUUAUCCAUUACCAUUCGUUGUAAGCAGGUGAUCGUAGCUUGCGGUUCAUAAGGCCUGGCGAACAGAACAACAGUAUGUGGGACUGUGGGAACAAUCCUUGUACUGGUCUUUCCCUGGGAGCAGCAACAGCAGACAGCAAGUUGCGAAGCAACUGCGUUGUCCUCGUUUCAAUCAGGCUUGACCUGU